AUGUCAUGCUUUGUACCGACUAAUCUUGUUGUUGUCGCUGUGAAAAGCAUUAUAUUCUGGCAAUGGGCUAAUCAAAUUAUUAACGUUGCUAUAAAUUAUAGUAAUGCUAAUAAAACUAUUAUGAUGAGUCUGAAGGAAACUGCUAUUGCUUAUGCUUCAGCUGUAACCAAAUCAUGCGGAUUAGCUGUUGGGUUAACACAAGCAGUACCUCGUCUAAAAUCAACUCGUGGAAUUUUAGCCAUAUUGGUACCUUUUGUUGCUGUUGCAAGUGCUGGAACAGUUAAUGUUUACUUAAUGCGUUUAAAAGAAAUUAGAAAUGGGAUCGAUGUUUAUGAUGCUGAUGGAAUAAUUUGGCUUGAAAAGACAAUAUUAUUAAAAAAUAAUCCUAAGCUUGCUAUUCCAAUUAACUUGGUAUGUCUUAUAACGUUAUCAUUAACAAUCGCCUUACCAUUAGCAAUCGCAGCUUUUCCGCAAAAAGCUGUUAUAGAUCCAUUAAAAUUAGAAGAUACAUUUUGGAAUUUAAAAGAUAAAAAUGGAGAAGCCAUAAGACAA